GUCUCGCUGCAGAACCUCCCUUGUCCGACACAACCCCGCGCUUCCGACAUGGCUGCAGGCAAAGACUCCGCAACUCCCUUCUCCCUGGACUUGUACCACGUCUCGGAGGAGCUGGGCUUCAUUCUACCCGAGCCCCUGCACCAGCUCCCAGCGUACUACCAACCGUGGAUGGAUAUCGCCCGCCGAGUCCCAGAGCUUGUUCUCGCACACGAGCUGCGUUUUCAUGUUAACAAGAUGCCUGAGCUGAGCGUCCAGUUUCUGCAGAAACACCGCCAACUGCGGCUGGCACACCUGGCCCUCGGUGUCAUGGCCAUGGGAUACGUUUGGCAGGAGGGGGAGCAAGGCACAGUUGAGAUGCUGCCUCGUGCUCUGGCUGUUCCGUACUGGGAGAUUUCCCAACGCUUAGGACUUCCUCCAAUCCUCACCCACGCCGACGCGGUCCUGGCAAACUGGCGGAAGAAGGAUCCAGAAGGCCCUUUAGAACUGCGGAACUUGGAGCUGUUGGUCAGCAUACCCGGCGGGGAAAGUGUGCGAGGAUUCUUCAUCGUCACGCUCAUGGUGGAGCAAGCAGCCAUUCCUGCUCUGAGGGACAUUCCUAAAGUGAUCAACGGUGUCAGAGGUGGUGAUACUAAAGCUGUGGCCGAGGCCUUGGAGGUGAUCGGCCAGUCCAUAGACGGCAUGGCAGCGUGCCUCAAACUAAUGCAAGUGCAUGUGGAGCCGUCUGUGUUCUAUGGCAUAAUGAGGAUCUUCCUGUCCGGGUGGAAAGACAAUCCAUGCAUGCCAAAAGGUUUGGUUUACGAGGGCGUCCAGACAGAACCGAUGGAAUAUUCCGGUGGCAGCGCCGCUCAAAGCAGCCUACUGCACUGUUUUGAUGAACUCCUGGGAGUCGAACAUGCGGACAAAAGCGGUGAUUUUCUAGCCCGCAUGCGGAACUACAUGUUGCCCGCUCACAAACAACUCAUCCGGGACAUCUCGUCGCAACCCCGCCUGAGAACCUUCGUGCAGCGUCACGGCGACGAGCGGCUAACCGAGGCCUUCCAGGGAUGCGUGGGCAAACUGUUGGCCUUGCGCAGCUGCCACAUCACCGUGGUGACUCGCUUCAUCACCAUCCCCGCCGCCAGAGCCCGGCGGCCGCGCGACCGGAGCGAGGCGGAGGUGCUCGGCCGGGCCCCCGCCGCGCUGCAGGAGCGUGGCACGGGCGGCUCCAGCAUCAUGAUCUUCUUGAAGACCGUGAGGGAUCAGACGAGGGACGCCCUGCUGCCUGCGACGGGCAAAGACGAGGAGCGCCACGGCGACGUCUCAUAAAACUGGCAGUUAAAUCGCCCUUGAUUGGAUAAGUCAUUAAAAAAGAUUGGAAAGGUGA